AUGGCGGCGCCUCCGUUGCCGCAACAGUCCACACAAGCACCUAUAUCCGAUAUCCAGAUCCGAAAAGAACAACAGACAAUUUUUAAGGCAUUUAUAUAUGAUUACCUUAAAAAGAGUGGGUUGGCGGAUGUAGCCCGUGCUUAUUUGCGUUCCGUGGAUAUAAAUAAUUUUAUAAAGACUGAUGGAUCUUCAAUAAAUGAUGGAGAAUCACUUCCUGAAGUCACCCUCCCUCUCCCAAUACAGUCUGAGGAGGGGUUUCUCUACGAAUGGUUUGUUAUAUUCUGGGACUUGUACGAUCAACGACGGACCGAAGCCGGACAAAGAUAUAUGGACCAGAUAUCGGUUCCACCCCAACAACCCUCACAACCAGCGCAACAGACACCACCACAGCUGCAACCACAACCUUCAGCUCAAACACCACAGCUGCAAACGCAACCACCUGCAGGUUUACAUCAACAUCAUCACCCACAAGCACAUUUCUCCCAACAACGAAUUCCAAAUGGGGUAAUUCCAUUAAACGUUGAAGCAACCAAUGGCGAAAACAUGAAUUCCAUAUCGCCUCAUCAACGAUCUAAUGUUAAUUUAAAGAAUAACAUGUUGCGAAAUCCUCGAAAUGCAACUGCAUUGAAUCAAUUACAACAACCCAAUAUACAAAGUCAAGUUCCUCAACAGAUGACCGCUCAAUCUCAGAAUAAUAUCAUAAAUCCACAGCAGGUUAUUAAUACCAUGAUGCGAGAUAAUUCAAUAGCGGCCAAUGCUAUCCAGACAUCACCAUCACCUAAUAAACGUCCGAGAAUGACCCCCGAUCAAUCAGGAAACUAUUUACACGGAUCUUACAAUGCUGCUCAAAGACAACAAAUGACGUUAAGUCAAAAUGUGGGCCAGAAUAUGGGAAGUCAAAAUAAUUUGAUCUUGACUACGAACGCUCAUGACGUAUCUCAACUUAAUACACUCAACGUAUCCGCACAAGAAACUAACAAAAUCCAAUCCUCUGUGAUGAAUAUCCCAGCCAAUAUGCUAAAUAUGACGGUGCGACAUCCCAGUGUACCCGCCACAACUAAUGUUAAUCUUUAUAGCGGAAUUAUUCCUGGUUAUCUACCGCCCCAAGCACAGGCACAAGUACAAGUACAAGCGGGCAGGGUUAAUGUAAGACCAACGAUCGACAUGAAGGAAAUUUCCAAGCAGCGUACUCAUAUGGGGGGUCCAAAUUUAGCUCAAUUACAGCAACAAGCAGCUCAACAAGCAGCCCAACAAGCAGCCCAAUUCCAGCAACAACACCAAACAUCUAAUCAAGUUUCACAAACUCCCACUCAAGCACCACAACAAACACCAACUCCUCAACGAUCAACAUCAACUCUAUCACGAAAAAGUAGUGUUAAUAAUGGUUCAAUUAAUUUGAAUUCCAAUUUAUCAUCAAAUCCACUGGAUUUGCAUAUCGGCGACAUUUGUGAUUAUCAGGGAGAUCCAUUUAUAGAUUUAAUUCAACACGAUUCUUUUUUGGAAUCAACAGCGGAAGAUUCACCUUUCUUUACGGAUUAUGUUAAUCUAGAAUAUGGAGAUUUGGAUUCUAGUAAUGGUGGAACGAGUUCAUCCGGAAACUAA